AUGGAGAGCUGGCGCGCAUGCAGCAGGCGCAGCAUGGAGGCGGCGUGCGUGUGCAGCAGGCGCAGCAUGGAGGCGGCGUGCGUGUGCAGCAGAGGAUCAGGUCGACCCGGCUCCUGCAGACGCUGGACGGGACGCUGAGGACCAGCUCAGCAUCAUGUCGGCCUCCAUCGUAACGGAGCCAUACCGGGACCAGUCAGGCGUUUCUGAGGCCCCGACGGCCCCCAACAUCACGGAGCUGGACCGGGACCCCCUGCUGGCCGCGACGGAGGUGGUGGUGCUGGCCGUCAUCCUGCUGCUGGCCUUGGUCGGGAACGGGCUGGUGCUGGUGGUGCUGCUGAAGCGGAGGCGGCGCCACAGCCCGCUGCACCAGUUCAUGCUCAACCUGUGCGUGGCUGACCUGGUGGUGGCGCUGUUCCAGGUGUUACCUCAGCUGGUGUGGGACGCGGAGGGCCGCCUGCCCGGCCCAGACGUCAUGUGCCGCCUGGUGAAAUACCUGCAGGUCCUCGGCAUGUUCGCCUCCUCCUACAUGAUUGUGGCCAUGACUGUGGAUCGCCACUACGCCAUCUGCUGCCCCCUGCAGGCGCACCGCAGCGGUGCAACAAGGCGGUGGAACACCUUCAUCCUGCUGGCCUGGAGCCUCUCGCUGCUGCUCAGCCUGCCUCAGGUUUUCAUCUUCUCCCGGUCUGAAGUGGCCCCAGGCGUCUACGAAUGUUGGGGACACUUCGCCCAGUCCUGGGGCCUCAAGGCCUACGUGACGUGGAUGACCCUGGCCAUCUUCAUCAUCCCCGUCCUCGUCAUCACCUUCUGUCAGGUGCGCAUCUUCAGGGAGAUUCACCAGAGCCUGUACAGGAAACCAGAGCGCCGCCUGUCCCCCGCCUCUCUUCCUCUGUCCAGACGGGACAGCUGCAGCCGAGGAGGAGGAGGAGGGAGGUCAUCGCUCACCUUCAACAACCCUGGGAGUCCCGGCGGCGCUGAGGUGGGGUCAGCCUUGCAGCACGUGCCCAUGAGUCCGCUCAGGUCCGGCAUCACGGCGUCUCAGCGUGAGACGAACACCCGGCGUGCCGCGCCCUCUGCUGUUUGCCCCACACACCCUCCCAAAGCCCCCCCGGCCGGUGGUGGGGAGGUGACGGCCGCCAUGUCUAAAACUGUGAAGAUGACCCUGGUCAUUGUUGUGGUCUACUCGCUCUGCUGGGCCCCGUUUUUCAGCGUGCAGCUGUGGGCGGCCUGGGACCCCGACCCGCCUCAGACAGACGCAGCGUUCACGCUGCUGAUGCUGCUGGCCAGCCUGAACUCGUGCACCAACCCCUGGAUCUACUCCGCCUUCUCCAGCAGCGUCUCCCCGGAGCUCCGCCUGCUUCUCUUCUGCCGGACGGCCUCGCAUCGACGGGGGUCUUUGCCCAACGACUCGACGGCCACGCACACCUCCAACUCCCGAUGACCCGCCCCCCCACAGGCAGUCAUGAGUUUAUCAGAGGAAUAAUUACAGAGAAAAGCAGAUGACCACAAUAUUUGUAGCUAGAUAUUAGAUUGUAUUUUACUUUCUGGAGAACUGGCAGCAUGACUUUAGAUUGGUUGCCUUCCUGGUGCCGAGCAGUUUGUGCUUCGUCCAUAAAUCUUAAAUAGAGGGUAGGGCUUUGGGAGGGACAGUUUCUCAGCCCUGGUCCUCUGGGUCAAUGUGAGCUUCUGAGCUUUCUGUGUCUCUGCUCUGUUUUCUCUAACAUAGAAAGUACUCCUGGGUC